CGAUUCGAAGGGGUGGGGAAGGAAAAUCAAUUUCGCGAAUCAAUUUCGUAAAUUGCAGAUUUUUAAUUAAGAUUGCUGCAUUUAGUGAAUCAGUUUUAGUGCGGCGGGACAUGAAGUGGGAGAAUUAUUGUGAUUUUGUUGCUGGUUGUUUUGGUGGUGCUUGCGGAGUGCUCGUCGCUCAUCCGUUGGAUACCAUCAAGACCUGGCAACAGGCCUCGAAUACCUCAGUGGCGACAGCCGUGCAUCAAAUCUACCAACGCAAUAAUGGGAUCAACGGCUUCUACAGAGGCAUGUUUUUCCCCUUUAUCUCCACGGGUGCGAUUAAUUCAAUACUUUUUGGCAUCUAUGGCAAUCACCUGCGUCAGUUAAGGCGCGUUUGUCACAGCGACUAUCAGCGGGAGCAAUUGGAAUACCACAAUAUUUUCUUAGCUGGAUCUGUGUCAGGAUUUAUCCAAUCCUUUAUCGCAUGCCCAAUGGAGCUUAUCAAGGUCCGACUCCAAACGCAUUGCUAUUACAACGACUACAUCUAUGGCAAAAAACGCACGCCGUUUGGAACCUUCAAACGGGUGUUAAAGAACGACGGCAUUUCUGGUCUCUAUCGUGGACUGGUUCCUAUGAUGUGUCGCGAUGUGCUGCCCUAUGGCAUAUAUAUGCUGGCUUAUCGGCAAAGUGCGGACUAUCUGGAUAACACCGAUUUUGUACGCAAGCGUCGCGCUCAUCCUGAUGGUUCCAGUGUGAAUCUCUUGGUAACUACAUUGGCCGGCGCCUGGGCGGGGAUUCUCUCUUGGGUGUGCGUCAUUCCGUUCGAUGUGGUCAAGACUAUUAUGCAAGCGGAUGAAAAUCAUAAGUUCCGAGGCAUCCUACACUGUGUUCAGGUCAACUAUAGAGCAUACGGUUGGCGAAGCAUUUUUCGUGGCAGCUGGAUGUUGGUAGCCCGUGCCAUACCGUUUAAUGCUGCUACCUUUUGGGGCUAUGAGUAUGCUCUUGAACUGUGUCAGAGCUAGAAUGGAAGUGCCUAUGCUUGAUAGCUUUAUGAUAUGGGAAUACGUAAAAUUUUUUACAUAUAAUUCUUUUAUUUAGUUGAUAAUUCCUUUAAAUACGUACUGAUAUUUAUUGAAAUGUGAGUGAGCUUUAAUACAUAUUAUACAGAUGCCUUCGUAUUAUAUUUGCACAACAUUGAAAAACAAAACCAA